CGUCAUUAGCUACUCAUGCUACUUGUGUCGUGGAGCUGGACGAGCGUGGAUUGGCUGCUGCACUGAAGUCAGAAAACUCAGUCCAUGAAGUGAGUUCGUUUACACCAGGCUGGACUUUGAACUGAUCUGUAACAGACACACACCACUGAUAUGGAGCAGCGCUACUCAGUGUAAUAACAGUUCCCACAGGCCACAUCGGACGACUCUAUUCAACUCUUGGAAUCAUUGAACUUCCAAAUCUAACAUAUGCAGGAGACGAGUGUUCAUCAGUUGAAAGUAACAUGGCGUCCAGCUCCUUAGGCAGACGACUGGUGGCUUGUCUCCUCAACGUUUCUGAGGCUCGCCGGAAAGACCUUGUGGAGACUGUGGCCACGGCAGCUUUGUACAACACCGAAGGUGCUAGACGAGAGGGGACCACAGUGCUGAACAUCUUUAAUGAUCAUGACUACAACCGCUCGGUCAUCACCAUUGUGGCCAGCAUUGACUCCAUCAGGGAGGCAGUUCUGUCUGCAUGCGAGAAAGCCUGCGGGCUGAUUGACAUGUGCGCUCACAAAGGUGUGCACCCGUGCAUGGGUGCUGUCGACCUCAUACCCAUCUACCCACUGGGGGAGGAGGUGCGAGUGGAGGAAUGUGCUAAGGAGGCUCGAGCUGUGGCUCAGGGACUGAUAGAGAGGGUCCAUGGCACCACUGCCUUCCUGUUUGGCUGGGCAGACUCCCCCCUUCAGCGCGGGCUGGCACAGAGGAGGAAGGACAUGGGCUGGUUCAAGAAGACGACAGACUUGCAGGUGAUCCAGGUUGACAUGGGGCCGCAGCCACAGAAAAGAUACGGCCUCACAGGCGUUGGGGCCAGUCCAUACGUCAUGAACUGCAAUGUCACGAUCGACACUCAGGACAUCGCCAUAGGACGUAGCAUCGCCACAGCCAUCAGGACGUCGACCCCUGGGGGCGUACCAGGGGUGCAGGUGCUGGCUCUGCCACAUGAGGGUGCUGUGGAAAUCGCCUGUAAUGUCGAAAGCGUGAAGGGGAGCCUGCCUACUCACAUGGGUGCAGAUGAACCCUGGCCGUGUUUCAACAUUGAAGGACAGCCUUACUAUCAUGCCCCGGCUUCUUUCAUCACAGCAAGAGUCAUGGAGCUGGCAGGGAGGCAGGGGGUUGGCACAAAGGGCACAGCGUUGGUAGGGUUCACUCCCCAUGAGUGCAGGGGCUUAGCAGAGUUAGCACUGUCUCAAGGGAUUGCUGAAUUCUGGAAAGAGAAGCGCAGGAUCCGUAUGUAAAAAAUCUUUGCCUGAACCUUUGAAACCUCAAAUAAAGUAGCACAAUCUUU